AUGUUGUUUCAAACCACCGCCAUCUUGACUCUUGCGAGUCUUGGUCUAGCUCACUCUCCUCGCCACAAAGAGGGCAAGACAGGAUGGGAGACAAAGUACACAGCCACAGGUACCGCUGAUGUUGCGGCGGCUGCUGCGACAGCCAAAACCAGCAGUCCUACCUCCAAAGUAAAAGGCAAAGCGUUUGAUCGCAUCGCCAUUGUUUACUUUGAGAAUGAGAACUACGAAAAGGCUUUUGGCGAUCCAAACUUCUCUUGGUUCAGGUCCAAGGGCGUCACUUUGUCCAACUACUUUGGCGUCACUCAUCCAUCAGAGCCAAACUACAUGGCCUCCAUUGCUGGUGACUACUUUGGCAUGCAAAACGACGACUUUAACCGCAACCCCAAAAAUGUUUCCACCAUCAUCGACCUCCUUGAGCAUCGAGGUGUCUCCUGGGGUCUCUACCAAGAAGACAUGCCCUACACAGGCUUUGAAGGUUUCGCAUGGGUGAACCACCAAAAUGGAAAGAAUGACUACGUUCGCAAGCACAACCCAGCUGUUCUUCACGACAGCGUAGCUACUUCUGAACAGCGACUCUCACAGAUCAAGAAUCUUUCUCUUGUGGAUACUGAGCACUCUAUGUUCCAUCGGGAUCUCAAGUCGAACAAGUUGCCUCAGUGGAUGUUCAUCACACCCAACAUGACAUCCGAUGGGCACGAUACUUCUGUUACUGUUGCUGGAAACUGGGCGCGCACCUUUCUUGAGCCACUCCUCAAGGAUAAGCACUUCAUGGACAACACCCUUGUUCUUAUUACUUGGGAUGAAAACGAAUCCUACGCGCGCCAGAACCACAUCCUUGGUAUUCUUCUCGGCGACGCGAUCCCCAAACACCUUAUUGGCACAACCGACAACAGCUUCUACAACCACUAUUCUGAGAUUGCCACUGUUGAGGCCAACUGGGAUCUCGACACUCUCGGCCGGUGGGAUGUGGGCGCCAAUGUCUUUGACCUUGUUGCGCGCAAGACGGGCGAUAAGUUGAGGAAGUGGAAGUCAGACACGAUGGACAAGUAUUUCUGGAAUCUUUCCUACGCGGGGCCUUUCAACACUGCUGGUGGAAACAAGCAGUAUGUUGCGCCAAACUUGGACUUGGAGCAUACUUUCUCGGGACGCAAGGUGUUUGGGCCUAUCAAGAAGGAGUGGAAGGGAUGUAAGGCGGACAGUUACUACAAGGAUACUAUUGAGGUUGACGAUGGCUUGAACCCUCCCAAGGGUUAUAAGCCUGCCAAGUCUAAAUAA